AUGGAGCACAGAUUCGCCUCGACGCUGCUGGGCUUCUUCGCCUUCUUCAUAUUGCUGGCCUCCAUCAAACCAGCAGGCGCAGCAGACUGGACGCAAUCAUACUGUUCCAGCCUGAACACUGGUAGCGACGAUCAAGUCUAUAACUGGCCAUGGCAAUCCAACGGCAACUGCACCAACCACUGCAAAGAGGAGGGCACAUAUGCGUUCGCCGUCCUACAAUACACCGACUGCUGGUGUUCCAACUAUGCGCCCGGAGACACGGCCAACAUGAACGACUGCGAGGUCGACUGUCCUGGCUUUCCCGACGAAAAGUGCGGCAACAAGGACAAGGACCUGUUCAUGUACAUCGAAAUGGACGGUCAGGUUUCCGGUACCAUCGGAGGCUCACAGCCCACAUCUUCCGCAGACGCGCCUUCAUCGACGCAAGAAGCUCCCAAGACUUCGGCCCCGCCUCCGCCACCGGUCGUCACUGUGAGACCUGAUCCAGAGAUUGUUACCUCUGUAGUCACUGCGACGCCGUCUUCUACUACUUCUUCUUCUACUAGCGCAAAACCAUCGACUACCCAAUCAUCCGAGUCCGAUGAUACUCCAACGUCGGCAGAGGAACCCGUCACAAUGCCAACUGUCGUUACCGAGAGCGGCCGUGUCAUCACCCGCACGCUUGUCGUAACCCCCACAGCAACAGCAGCUCCUGCUGACACAGGUUCCUCCGAUUCCGACAAGAGUUCUACCAACGUAGGCGCUAUUGCUGGUGGUGUCGCUGGAGGUGUUAUUGCGUUGUUGGCCAUCGCUGGUGGCAUAAUAUUUGUCCUAUGGCGCAAGAGGAGGCAACAAGUCCAACAACAGGAUGGGCACGAGAGUGGCUCAGCAGGCAUAUCGCGGAACGUGAGCACCAUGAGCAGAGCUGGUUUGCUGGGAGGACGCAGCGAAAAGUCGCCAACUCAACUUGUCACCAACUUUGGCUCGCAACGUAGCCGUCACGACGACGAAUCGAUCACUCCUGUUACGCCCUCAACCCGCCGAUUAAGUCAACCGAUUUUGGUCGACUCGCGACUUAACCCAACGGCUGUCUUGACUUUCCACGGCGCGAAUGCAAGCCGGGAAAGUUUAGGAAGCAUCGAUGACAGCCGAGACUAUGGACGACAACUAAACGUGCGGAACCCAGACCCGAAUUAG